UCACCAUGGAUACCGCUCAGCGUCUACAAGGAGCGUCGCGUUCCGCCUUAGUGAUUGGUGAGAGAUUGUGUGGUGUAUCAUGGGAAAAUAAAGUUGUUUGCAAUCACAACCAAGUAAACAGAAGGGAAGAGGUGCGUGAACACCUAGGGGGAAAGAUGUCAAGCUUUCCUGCCUCUACCUCCAAGAGUUUCAGCUCGACUCCUCUGAAGACUUACCAGGACAGCGGCAGGGAACUGCACCGAUCCAAGAGUGUGGACUAUGACUCAACAGGCGACUCCACCUACUCUCUGCUCUCCCCCAUCUACCAUGACAGCUAUGAGAGUGAUGAGGACCUGGCUGCAGCUCAACACGUACAUCAGAUAGACACCUCAGCCACACAGAGUGAUGACGCCAGACCCCUCUCACCCAUCAGAGAUGAUCCACAACAGAAGCCCCCAGAGAGGAGAGCAGUAACUGAGGCGGAGGAUCCAGAGGCAUGUCUCUCUGCCUGGGAGAGGUGGCUGGUCUGCAAAGCCAAAGAGGAGAGACUCAGAAUAGAAAAGAAAGCAGAAGAGGAGCGCCUACUGAGGGAGAGGAAUGAGGAACAGGAGAGAGAGCAGCAGAAGAAGAAGAUGGUGGUGGAGGAGAAGAUCCAGGAAUGGCUGCAGAUGAAGAAAGAACAGGAGAAGCAGGAGAAGUUGCUGAAGGAGAGCAAAGAGCAGAAGGAGAUGCAGAGGCAGCAGCAGAAGCAGAGGGAGAUUGAACAGAAAGCAGAGGAGAAGUACAGAGAGUGGCUACGGAGGAAGAACCUGGAGAAAAUGGAGAGCGAGAGGAGAGCGAAGGAGGAGGCAGCCAGAAGAGAGGCUCAGGAGAGGGAGCGCAGACAGAGAGCAGAGGAAAACUUUAAGGAGUGGCUUCGUGCCCAGGACAAGAGCCGACCCAGUCCCAAUGUACCCGGCUGCCCACGAGGUGGUUAUGACAAUGUAACGUACCCAUCUCCCAGCUUCUACAACCCAAUCCCAUGGAAGCCCAUCCACGUCCCGCCACCAGAGAAAACACCAGUGAAGAAGACUUCCCACAGGAAACGGCCAAGUCAGCCCAAGUACCAGAACAGCCCCAGCAUCCCAUUCAGACUCCGAGACACUGUAAGCUCGGCAGCUCGCCUGCAGAGGAGAUGACCGCUCCAGUAGAGGUUCACCUUGGACACAGAUCUAGAGUACUAUCCUCAGAUCUAACCUCCGGGGAAACCACAAAACUGACCUUAGAUCAGUGUUUAGGCGCUUUAUGCUACUGUGAGAGGACACAGGGGAGGUGACCAUGCUAAUGAACAUACCAGGGAUCAUCAACUUUUUUGAGUGGAUGAUCAGGUGGCCGGAAUAUAAUUACAAAUCAUUUGUAGACUGCAAAUUGACCGCAAGAAACCCAAACCGAUAUAACAUUUGACAAAAAAAUCGGGUAAUUUCAAACCUUGCUUACAUUUGAAUUAGAUCACAAACAGUAUAUCUCUCUUUUAUGCAUGUUAAUCUUUUGAAACAGAUUGCCAAAAUUCAAAUCACUUGGAGCUGAUUUGCUGAUGUUCUCAGUCUUUUAUGUCCAACAAUAAUAAAAUCACCCGCGGGCUGCUAGUGUAGGUAUUUCUGUUGUUUUAAAAAAUGUUUUUAAUACAUUUGCAAUAAAUUCUAAAAACCUGUUUUCGCUUUGUCACUGUGUGGUAUUGUGUGUAGGUUGAUGAGGAAAAACGGUAUGUAGUCCAGUUUAAAAUAAGGCUGUAACGUAACAAAAUGUGGGAAAAGUCCAGGUCUGAAUACUUUCCGACUGCACUGUGUAGACUCCGUUGCACUAGUCCAUUGACUGUGUUUUCAUGUAUUUCUCAUCGAAAAGACACGUUGUGGUAGUGUGUGUUUUUUGAUGCCAGAUUUGUAUAGGUUCUUAAUUCUCAAAGAAUAGUUUGAUUCACGUGAAGCUAAAUCUUUCUACAAAUUCUGUUACUUUCACUGACAACAAUUUCCUAAUGACAUGUACAUUUUUUUUGCAUAGUUCGGGAUGUCAAUAAAAACUGUUUGUUGUA